AACUUGAAACAUUUGACCAAAAAAGACUAUGUUCAUCUAGAUGAAAACCCUUAUGCUUUCUAUGUUCAUUGCUAUGCUCACCGUUUGCAAUUGGUGGUUGUGUCUGUUGCUAGUAGUUGUUCAGCUAUUCAUGAUUUCUUUGAGUACAUUUCCUUGAUUGUGAACACAACAAGUGCAUCUUGUAAGAGAAGGGAUGAAUUGAGGGAGUCACAACACCAAGAUAUUUUGACUCGUCUUGAGAAAGGUGACAUAUCUACAGGAAGGGGCUUGCACCAAUCAUCUAAUCUCGCUAGACCCGGCGAUACUAGAUGGGGUUCACAUCAUAUUACCUUGGUUCGUUUGGAUCAAAUGUGGUCUUCUGUGUUAACGGUGCUUAAUAUGGUUGAUGAAGAUGCACGUGGACCAUCUCAAGCAGCAGGUUUGAUAUUAAAAAUGGAGAGCUUUGAAUUUGCUUUCAUUUUGAAGCUUAUGUUAAAGUUGUUUGGUAUCACAAAUGAGCUUUCAAAAAUCUUGCAACAAAAAGAUCUUAAUAUUGUGCUUGCCAUAGAAUUAGUUCAUGAUGUCAAAGCUAGGUUGAAGACAUUGAGAGAUAGUGGUUGGGAUGAUUUAUUUGGUGAUGUCCAAGAAUUUUGUGGUGAUCAAUGUAUUCCGGUGCCAAAUAUGGAUGAAGAAAUACCGGUUCGGGGUUGUUCAAGGAAAGAAGGGAGGACUAUCACUAAUCUUCACUAUUACCGUGCAGAGAUUUUUUAUGUUGCUAUUGACAAAAUAUGUGUGGAGAUGGAUCACCGUUUUAGUGAAGGAACUAAUAUUGUGCUUGAUUGCUUCUCAUGUCUUGACCCCAAUAACUCUUUCUCCAAGUUUAAUGUUGAUAAGCUUGCUCGUCUUGCUACUAUUUAUCAUGCUGACUUUUCUGAUGAUGAUCGUGGAACAAUAAAGGAGCAACUUGCCACUUAUAUACUUCAAGUGAAAAGGCAUGCUUCCUUUUCUACUUGUGAUGAUAUUGCAAGUUUGGCUAUGAAGAUGGUUCAAACUGAGAAACAUUUGCUAUUUCCAUUGGUCUACAAACUUAUUGAGUUGGCUUUGAUAUUGCCGGUGUCGACAGCAUCUGUUGAAAGAGCUUUUUCAGCAAUGAAGAUUAUCAAGUCUAAAUUGCGCAACAAGAUCAACAAUGAGUGGUUCAAUGACUUGAUGAUAUGUUACACCGAGCGGGAGAUAUUCAAGUCAGUUAGUGAUCUUGAUAUUCUUCGAACUUUUGCCGCAAAGAAGACUCGAAGAGAGCAUUUGCCUCAUAGUUUUCUAAAAACUUAGCACACUAUUGGUAUGUUCUAUUUUUUCUUGUAUUGUUUUCUUGGACGUGUCUUUUUCUUAUCUUGUAUUGUCUAACGAAAUGGAACCAAAAUUAGCUAUAUUUUUGUUGGUAAAAUGACGAGUC